AUGCCCCUCCCUAGCUCAUCUAUUUUCCCGCCGGCAUCAGCCAGCUACAUACGGUUUCCCUCUCGUCGAAGCGUUGUACACAGUACAGAAGGGAUUGUCUCCUGUUCGCAGCCACUUGCGGCACAAUGCGGACUAGGGAUUCUGCGCGCUGGUGGAAACGCAGCUGAUGCAGCUGUUGCGGUCGGUAAGUCUUCUGCUACUUGCACUCCAAUUAGAGAAGAAAAUGAGCAAUUCAGUGUUAACAAAGGAGGAUGUGCAGCGGCUGCGCUAAAUGUCACGGAGCCCUGUUCCACAGGAAUUGGUGGCGACGUCUUUCUGCUCUUUUGGGAUGCCAAACAGAAAAAGGUCAAUGCCAUGAACGGAUCGGGCAGGAGUGGAGCCAAGUACGACAUUGACAAGGUCCGCGGCGCUCUAGGGCUCAAGGAUGGCGAUCGCGGAAAUAUCCCAAUGACCAGCAUUCAUGCCAUCACAGUUCCCGGGGCCCCGGCUGGCUGGUUCGAUACUCACCAGAAUUUUGGGAGCGGCAAGGUGUCCAUGAGUGAUAUCCUGGCGCCCGCCAUCAAACUGGCUGAGAAGGGGUUCCCGGUAUCCGAGAUCACGAGCCACUCUUGGAACUUGCACGAGAAGCUCCUCCGCGAAGCAUCACCAAACUAUCGGGAACUUCUCAAAAGGGAUCCAUCCGCCAAGGAUGGUUUCCGGGCUCCGCACGCCGGUGAAAUUAUGAAGAACCCCGACCUAGCCAGGACGUUUCGCACGCUAGCCGAAGAGGGCAGAGAGGGCUUCUAUACCGGCCGUAUAGCCGAAGAAAUCAUCAAGCAGAUCAAGGCCAGGGGUGGCUAUAUGGAGCUGGACGACCUGAAGCACCACCUGGACAGCAAGAGUGAGCCAGUGGACCCCAUCUCCAUCAAGUUCUACGGCCAAGGGCUACGUGACAGCCCAGAGAGCCAGGGCGGCAUCGAGCUCUGGGAGCAUCCGCCAAAUGGCCAAGGAAUCGUGGCUCUCAUGUCGAUGGGCAUUAUUCAGGAACUGGAGAAACAAGGGAAAAUCCCUACAUUUAAACCAGAAGACUUCAAUACGGCGCCCUACCUCCAUGCCAUUAUAGAAUCCUUGCGUAUUGCCUUUUCCGAUACAAACUGGUUUGUCGCCGACCCAAACGUUGCAGAGGUACCCGUCAAGGCCAUGAUCAGCCCACAGUAUCUCGCUGAGAGGGCAAAACUUUUCGACGCGACAAAGGCCUCACAGCCAAUGGAGCCAGGGAAACCUCAUGAGUUUGUAUCGCCAGCUCUGCAAACUUCUGACACGGUCUACUUUGCUGUGACAGACUCCGAGGGCAACGCUGCCUCCUUUAUCAACUCGAAUUACGAAGCGUUUGGGUCUGGAAUCAUCCCCGAGGGGUGUGGGUUCACGCUUCAGAGUCGUGGAGCCAACUUCUCUCUUGACAAGAGCCAUCCCAAUCGGCUGGAGCCCCGAAAAAGGCCGUAUCAUACCAUCAUUCCCGGUAUGGCAACCAACAUCUCUGAUGGCUCCCUGCACUCUGCAUUUGGCGUCAUGGGUCUGUUCAUGCAGCCUCAAGGCCAUGUGCAGGUUCUCCUCGGCCAAAUUGUGGGCAAGUUGAACCCGCAGCAGGCUUUGGACGCGCCAAGGGUAUGUAUCGGUGGCAAGAUGCAUGAGGGCAAAAUCAUGGACUGGACGGUGCACGUUGAGGAUGGAAUGUCCCAGGAGACAGUUGAUGGGCUCAUAAAACUCGGCCACAAGGUUGAGAUAAUGAGUGGCAUAGGGAGAAGCAUGUUUGGCCGAGGCCAAAUCAUUAGACAAUCGGUGGAUCCGGUGGAAGGGACGCCUCUCUGGUCAGCUGGUAGCGACAUGCGGGCAGACGGUGCUGCGUACCCGUUGUAA